UAUGAAAUUAAUAAAAUACCUAAUAGUGAAAAAAAUAAAGUACAUCCAAAAACUAUUAAAAAACAAUAUUAUGGAAGGGCUAAAAUUAUUGAAGAUACUUCACAACAGUUUGGUCUUAAAAAGUUUAAUAGUGAAAGUGCAUAUCAAUUUUAUGAUGUAAAUAGUAUUAAAUAUGUAGUUAGAUAUUUUAAUAUUGGAUCAGAAUAUUAUAUUAUUGAUAAAAAUAGUUAUAUUAAUAUUUAG